AUGGAUCUCGUCAGGGCUCGAACGAAUAGACCCAUACCGAAGGUCUUUGGGUAUGAGGUCAACGAUGAAAAUAUUGUCGACUUUGCGUUUAUUCUUAUGGAAUUUCUACCCGGCUCAUCUGCGAUGGACGCUGACGGAGGCUAUGAGAGUCAUCAUGGUACAAAUGACCUCGGUCAGAUUACCAAAAGUGGACCGUUCGCGACAGCCGCUGAGCUCUUGAGGGCGUGGGCUAGGAACGCAAAGUUUCCAUCUUCUGAUCAGGCUAUCAGAGAAGCUAUGAAUGGCGGUCCAGUGGAAGAGGUUUUGAGCUCUGUCAGGAACUUUCCGCACUAUCUACGAACAGUGGCACACAAAAUUUCGGGCACCAAUGAUGGACCUUUCUCAAUUUAUCACCCCGACUUUUACCAUAAUAACAUCAUUGUCGGCAAUGAUUUCAAAAUCCUUGGUAUUAUUGACUGGGAGGGAGCUUCUACCGUACCAUGGGAACUAGUUGAACCACCUUUGUUCCUAAGCAUGGUACGACCGCCAAUGGAUGACCCAAAUAUUUACGACUGCAACGGGUUGCCCAAGGAGGAAGAAUCGAGGCGUCGCUUAUACGAACGUGCCGAGUAUAUCAAGUAUGUGUUGAUGAAAGAAGAAGAGUUGAAUAUGGAUCAAAAGCUCUCGCAAACCUUACUGGAUCCUGACAUACAAGGAUUUGCGCAUGCAAUGAAAGUAUAUCUUGACCCGGGGAAGCUGGGGUUCUACUGCAAAAUCUUGGAGCCUUUAGGGUCCUUCAAGCAGUCAAGACUCGUGCUGGGGUCUUGA